GAAACUGGAGGAGCAUCUUCGCCCUCUGACGUCAUGACAGCAGCAUCAGCUGUUAGCUCUGCUUCAAACCUUUUCGCUGCCGAUCGCUUCCUGCUCAAAGGAAAUAUAUGAGAUCCCCUCUAAUCCCUGAAAUGGCGACACAGGAGGUACCGCUGAACGAGACUCUGGCCCAUCUCAAAACGGAGUCGGAGACGCUGAAGUCGAAGCUGGAGGAGGAAAGAGCGAAGCUGCACGAUGUCGAGCUACAUCAGGUGGCAGAGAAGGUGGAGGGGCUGGGCCAGUUUGUCAUGAAGACCCGGAGAACCCUGAAGGGGCAUGGGAAUAAAGUUCUGUGUAUGGACUGGUGUAAGGACAAGAGGAGGAUCGUCAGCUCCUCGCAGGAUGGAAAGGUUAUUGUAUGGGAUGCUUUCACCACCAACAAGGAGCAUGCUGUGACAAUGCCUUGCACCUGGGUGAUGGCUUGUGCCUAUGCCCCCUCUGGCUGUGCUGUAGCUUGUGGGGGUCUGGACAAUAAAUGCUCAGUUUAUCCUCUGUCCCUGGACAAGAAUGAGAACUUGGCUGCAAAGAAGAAAUCAGUGGCCAUGCACACGAACUACCUGUCAGCCUGUAGCUUCACCAACUCGGAUAUGCAGAUCCUGACGUCCAGCGGGGAUGGAACAUGUGCAUUAUGGGAUGUCGAGAGUGGGCAGCUGUUACAGAGUUUCCAUGGACACGCUGCAGACGUGCUGUGUCUGGAUCUGGCUCCAUCUGAAACUGGCAACACAUUUGUUUCAGGGGGCUGCGAUAAGAAGGCUAAUGUGUGGGACAUGCGUUCAGGGCAGUGUAUUCAGUCCUUUGAAACUCAUGAGUCAGACAUAAAUAGCGUGCGAUACUAUCCCAGUGGAGACGCUUUUGCAUCUGGAUCAGAUGAUGCUACAUGUCGCCUGUAUGACCUAAGGGCAGACAGAGAAGUGGCUAUCUAUUCCAAAGACAGCAUCAUAUUUGGGGUCUCCAGUGUCGAUUUCUCCCUCAGUGGCCGGCUACUGUUUGGUGGCUACAACGACUACACCAUUAAUGUUUGGGAUGUUCUCAAAGGAACACGAGUUUCUAUUCUGUUUGGACAUGAGAACCGUGUCAGCACCCUGCGUGUUUCCCCUGAUGGGACGGCUUUCUGCACAGGUUCCUGGGACCACACUCUUCGGAUCUGGGCUUAAGCAUCAAGACACAAAGGAUUAAAUGAUAGGCAAGACCUCCUGAAGACACACCAAUGUUUCUGUUUGCUAGAGUACAAUCACAGAGAUAGAGCCUCAGUUUUGAUUGUACAUAGGGCAUAUCAAUAGCAUUGUAUAUAGUCCAGUGUGUUGGGCAGGGUAGAUUUACAUAUUUUAAAGAGUAAUCAAACCAAAUGGCUUGCUUGCAUUACAAUGUGAUGGAAAGAAAAGCCGAACAGAAGUACUUACGAUUACAACUACAAUGUAAAAACAAAAGUAUAUUACAUAAAAGAUUAUUGGUAGUGGCUUGCAUCAGUCUAGGAUAGAAGUAAUAUGAUGAAGUGAUGUGUUAUAUAGCCCACAUGAAGGACAGUACUUGUUUAUUUACUGUUAUUAUUGUUUUAUUACACAAAUGGAGACAUUUAAUCAGAGGAAGAAAACAGGACACAUUAAAGUUAAAUGCGUCUAAGACUGAGAACAAAAGAGCGGUGGGGCUUCUCUGUGAACGGUAAAGGUUAUGAGAAAUAAUAAUGAGGAUUACCUGUAAAAAAAUAUAUAUAUUUAGUCUGGAGCCAAUUAAAACAAUAUUGGCUAUAUAAGACAUUUUAUGAACAAAGGUACAAUUAGUAGUUUUUUUCAAAUCAUAUUAAAUGUAUAUCUAACAUCCUGUGCACCCAACAACUACUUCUCACCUGCCAAUGCUAAUACUGUAUCAACACCAAAGCAAAUAAAUCACAUUAACAGGUAAACAUAAAAGAGACAAUGUUUUGUUUUGCUUUUUUCUUCAUUCCUGUGAUCUUAAAAUACGGUUUACUUCUCAUCUUUGAUUAUUUCCAGCUGUGGAAGUCACUCACUACUCGAUGUGCACUAGAGACACCCUGAACUUGUGGUCCCCCACUGUUAAAAUACUAAUACUCUAAAAAUAUAUAAUAGAAUGUACUCCUCUUCAUGCAGUUGUCCAAUGGUUGUAAUUUCAUAUUUACGCUAAUUAUUGUAGUUUAGUGUACAGAUAUGCAGGGGACUGUUAAACAAACUAUUAUAAACACAAUAAACUCAGUUUUGAAUAUC